AUUAGUUGGAGAUAUUAGUGGAAUUGAUCUAAGGGCAGUUAAGUCUCAAUUAAUUGGUUUAUCCAAAAAACCAAGAUUAAUUAGUGCAAAAGACAAGUGUCAAUAGUACAGAGAUUCAUAAAUAGAAUUAGAAACCCCAACAAAAAUGUGAAGCUUCCAAAAAAAAAGUAAGUAUCAAAAAAACAGAAUUUUGUCUUCGUUCUUCUCUGAGAUUAAAGCUUUCUCUUUUGUAAUGGAAGAAUCUCAGGGCAUCAAUGGCGUCGAUGAUUCAUAUCGUCAUCUCCCAAUUCUCUACUUAACCUUUUUAACGAUCUGGUCUUUCUCCGCUUGUUCUUGGACGGUUAACACUUUCAAAAAUCGCCACUUUCAGACAAAUAGUUUACAAUGGACUCUUGCUUCAGUUCCAUUAAUCAAAGCCUUACAGCUCACACUAUCUUUCCUCUUUUGGCAUUCAUGUUUUCACCAUCACAUUUGCUCUCUAUGGAUGUCUUUUGGUGUAUAUGUGACUGGUGUUCUGUUUCAGACAGCUUCAUUUGUGUCUUUUUUACUUAUCUCUCACGGUUAUUGCAUCACUUGUGAACGGCUCUCGUUGACCGAACGUAGAACUACAGCUUCACUUGGUUGUGUCUUUUAUUUGACUCUUGUUGGAUACAGAGCUUCUGUUCCUUAUUUUGCAGUGCUUCUGAUACUUAACUACAUGAUCUCAUUCUAUGUUAUAUUCCAUCACAUAUCGCAAAAUCUAGCGGUGUUACGAGAACAGCUGAGUUUUAUCGAAGAUGAGAAUGUUCAAGCUAUGCAUGAUGCUGUAUAUGCUAAAUACAUCAUGUUCAAAAAAUUCCAAGGAGCUAUGCAGAUUGUAGCAAUGGCAGAAACUGUGAUCUACAUGAACAUGGAUAACUCCUCACAAAACUAUUGGCUCAGGCUACUAAUUCGAGAAUGGGCUCAGUUCUGCAUUUUUCUCUAUAUUGGUUGGACUUUCAGGUCUCAGGAUAUGGCACCGCGUUUCUCGGUAAUGCCUACACUAAAACCGAAAGAGAAUACAAUUAUUCCUCCGAUUUAUAGCAUGGAAAUGGACGCAAAAUCUUUCAAAGAAUUCAGAAGUCAAGAAUGGAACAUCGGAGUGCCAAUGCCAUAUUCAAACUACGAAAAGCAAAAAGAUUCAGUUCUAGUGAUAAUUCAGCAUCCGCGAUAGCAUUUAGAGAGAAGCAAAAGAUACAAUGUUUUCCUCUAUCCAUCUUCCUAAAGAGAGUGAAAGAUCACCAAAAUUGACAAAGUUUCUCUCUGAUUAAGACAAGAUGCUUCCUCAGCAACUACCUUUCUCUCUUUCCAUUUACAUUUUGGGGUUUCUUAUCUUAUAGAGGAAUAAAAUUUGUAUAGAUGCAAAAACUAGUUCUAGUAUAAUGCUUCAAAUGAAAAUGUAAACACAAAUCUUUCAUCUUUUUCUUCACAAAAUGAAACAAAAGAAACAUUUAGAG